UUCGCACCAAAGAUGAAGGACUUAUUUCCAAAAUUUGCUCUCAAACAACUCAGCACAUACUUGGCAAUCAUUGUGAUUUUUAUUCACAAUGUUGUGCUUGACAAGGAUUUGCAGUGCUCGUGCGAACAACAAACUCUCGUCUGCAUUUUCUACAUGAUUAUGCCAUUUUUCAUUUUGUUUGUUUUACAACUCUGGACGGACAAGAAAUUCAAGAGAGCCUGGAAAUAUACAUGUCCAAGAACCAGGAAAUGUACCUGUACCUGUACCAAACAAUGCUGUAAAGAAAGACUUUGGAGAGUCUUCUGCAUUUUCUUGCAUCACAUUAUCAAGGCAGUUUUCAUCGGUCUGCUGUGGGUUGUAUCCGUGUUAAUCGAUGGAGACUGGUACGUUUGUUGUUGGAAUGAUCAGUCUAAACAACAGAAACAGUUAGCCUGCAAAGCCGAGACUGACAUGACAGCAAUGGAUCGAAAAAUCAUAGCUGAACUGAAGGACUGGUCCUGGGUUAUUGGCAUCUCUCUACUCUUUUGCUCCCUCGUGUCGGCUGCCUUAAUUUCAUCAUUUGGAUGGAUGAAAUGCUGUGAGGAUUCAAAAUUUAAAAAAAAAUAUCUAUAUCACAGAGUGGUUCUGGACCAGGAGAAAAUUGUGCUGAAAGAGGUUUUGACAAAAGCUGCGAAAGACACGUUGACUGAAGCAGUCGAGGACAAAAUAAGUGGCGAUAAAUGGGAUGGCUGUUAUGAUGUUGCUGAAGAACUGAUUAAAAAUCCGAAAACCACUCGACCUACACUUAAAGCAGAAGAAAACCAGGAGCAGGGAAUUCGUCUUGGACGAGUGAGACCAGAGGACAAGAGACAAGAGGAAUCAAAAGAAGAAGACAUGACACAGUGCAGCAGAAACCUUGAAGAAGAGCCGCCCCAGCCCGAAGAGAGCUUUGAUCAUGGGAGGAGGAGUCUCCGCUCCCCCUCACCAAAAAUCACCUGUGAGGAUUCACCAUCUUCACCCCCCCGAACUCCACACAGGUCACCCUCAUCUCCAGUCACCCCUUCUCACUCCUCCCCCCUCUUGGAGUCCACUGACCAGAUGAAAGAGCCGCGCACUGCUAAGACCAAACUACCCCCCCGCCCUUUCCCUCGCCCUACUUCUGUUUUAUCUCCCGUAAACCCUCCUCGGCCUACACCUCCAGCAUUGGCUGAUCCUCGGCUUCGUUCGUCACUGUCACGGCGCCCAGCCACUCCCCCUGCCCCCCACCCCACAAUGGUGUCCGUAUCAUCGGUCUCCUCACUCUGAUGAAAGCACAGCACCGGUCCGGAUAUUAGUGUACAAAAUGCAACUGUGAGAAACCUCGCUCAGUCUCAUUUAUGGCUAAUCUUUUUCUCCCUGGGGAAAUAAUGAGAUGCCCUGAGCAGGAUUUGAACCCUGGACCUUUUUUUUCAAAAGCAACACUCCACCACAGCACCAUACAGCGACACACUGCUCUUAAGAUUGUCUGUAAAUAUUGUACAAUGUUCGUGUACUUUAGAAAAGUAGAAAUACUAUAUUUGCCAUAAAAGUCGUCUAACUUCUACUCAGGUAAAGGUUUAAAGGUUGUCCAUAGUGAGUGUACGAAGGUAAAGGUGCUCAUUCUGUAUGACUUUGUAUCUCAGUUCUUGUGUGCAUUCAGUCCUUAUUGAAUUAAUCUCUAACAUAAGCGGUUGGUGUUCCAGUUAUACUUUCUGUAACUUUCUUAUUAAUAAAUUGUUGGGCUUCUGUAAAUAGCAUCAUAGAGUACGGUCUAGACCUGCUCU